AUGCUGUCUGCACCCCAUACUUCCCGUACUGGGUAUCAUGGUGGCCACCCGUUUUCAUAUUAUUAUACAAUAACCUCCGUCGGCCACGCGACGCCGCGUUGCCGCAGUUAAAUGGCCAACAAUAGGGUCCCUAUCAACUACCAUACCCCUCCCUUUCCGUCCCUUUAUGAGAUCUUCCCGACGCACGGCAAAGACGCAUAUUAUCUUUACUACACGGAGGACAUUUGGCGCUUCACACUGUGGUGGACCUUGAUCUUCUAUGGGGCGAGUCAUCUUUUGGUGGCCUCAUGGGCCGUGGCCAUGCAGUGCCGAAAUUGGAAGGCUUGCCUAGCUGUUCCUUUGGUUUAUAUGAUUCUUGGCGGGUUGGAGGCGCUUUUGGCAGGGAGUAUCAUCGGGCUCGUUUUAGGUGCUGUCUACGAAGCUGGGAAUUUCAGGAUGUCAACGUGGAUCCCCUUUUUAUGGGGUGGUAUCAAUGUGUUGGUCCUCAUUUUGUCUAGCUUUCCAAUGCAAGGCGGACUGUGAACAAAGGCAACCCAAGGCAAAGCAUGCUCCGUCAUGAUCGCACUCCAUGUCAAACAUCCCUCUCUCAAUGAGCAACCGAUGGCAUAUCAUCAUCGUCUGAUUACGUGCACUUCCGCUUCGAGACCGACUA